UGGUUAAACAACUAUAUAUGUAUAAGGAACCGGUAUUAAAUAAUACUUAUUAUUGAUCCUCGACACAUAUGUGAGAAGUGCCGAACGCUAAAUAGUAUACUUGCAUUAUUAUUUCAUCUUUCGCGUUAGACACUUCUCUUUAACGGACUAACACACAAUGGGAGUAACCAUUGUGACAGGAUUGGCAUUCAUAUUUGCCACAGUUCUCUGUGAUGCAUUUAAAUUUUCCGGACUUGAUCCAUUGUAUAAUCAUGCACGACAAUAUAAUGGACUACAAAACUACAAUAUACCACCCAGUCCUCAGCCUUGCUACAAUGGAUUCCAUCAUGGAGCAUAUCAAAAAACAUUUCCACAAUUUGGUCCGUUUCCCGGUUAUCAAAGUCCAACAGCCUACUCUGUUCAAAGACCUUUUUUUGGUCAAGCUUCUCCUUAUCCACAAUCUUCUUAUCGAUUCGAUAGACCUAAUCCUUUUGGAUUUGCAUCUUUCCCGACACCCAUUGAAAAUCAGUACACUGGUAAAAUUACAUUCAACAAUAUUCCAGGAAAAAUUUUCCAAGAACAUCAAUUUAAUGUACAUCAUGGAUCUAAAUUACCUUCUGCAAAUUUGCCCGUCGACCAUAACAUUAAGCAAUAUAAGCCAAAAGAAACCGUUUUAAAUCAUCCAGUUAUUCCUUUCGAAUCAUUAUUUAAAAAUUGCCCUAAACCUGCAGUUGUAGGCUUCAUACCCAUUGGAUUUACAGGACAACAUGGAAUCCCUCAAAUUCAGUCUUUUUACCAGACAUCUCUUGCAGACAAGGCUACACAUACUUCAAGUCACCCAAUAGUAGUCAAUCAAGAUAUUGGUGAUAAGUAUAACACGGGUAUUAUCCCUGUUCCAGCUAGUUUAGGAGAAACAGAAACGCCUCAAUCUGUUUUAACAAAUAAUCCAUCUUUGGGAGUAUCUACUGUGCAAUCAAAACCUAUCGAAAGUGAUUUAGCACAGAAGUUAGAACCAACUAACAGUUCACCGCCGCAAGAGGAGGUCAAUUCAAUCACAACCGAUCCUACUUCUGAUGCUUUGAAUUACAAUGAAGUACCAGCGGCUAUUGACACCGCACAAGAUUCUAAACAAAACGAAGAUCAAUCUAACGUUGCUACUAAUGAAGAGUCCAAUGAACCCAAUUCAGUUCAUGAUGAUGUAGAAAGUACAACUUCAGUUAAACAAGAUAAUACCUCAGAAUCUUUUAAAGAAGAUUCACCAGUUACAGUUGAAGAUGUUAAAGAAACUGUAACUGAGAAUAACAAUUUGGUUACCGAUAUUACAGAAAUUGUCAAUCAAGACGAUUCUAACAAAUUGGUUACCGAUAUUCCAGCUAUUGUCAAUCAAGAUGAUUCUAAUAAUUUGGUUACAGAUAUUCCAUCUAAUUCCAAUCAAGACGAUUCUAACAAUGGCAAUAACAAUAAUGAAGAAAAUGUUGAGAAUGUUGAGAAUAGUAGUCAAAUUACAAGUGAUAACCAAAAUCAAGUUCCAACGGAAAAUAACAGUGACGUUCAAAACGAUAGCAACAAUGAAAAUUCAAGUGAUCAACCCAACCCAACCAAUGACUUAUCCCAACCAACACCAACAGAAGUAUCUGAAAAUGAUAAACCAGCCGAUACUGGGAUUGUAGAACAAAAUCCAGUAAAUAGUGAUGUUACAUCAUUACAAAAUGUAUUAAACGCACCUAUUGUAACUGCCUCAGACCCUAAUUUGUUCAGUGAAACAGACUAUUCGUUAGACGUUAGACUAAAUAAUCAAGGUGUUCAACAACCAUUAUACAUUUAUGAACCAGUGAGCUUGAUUGGAUCAAACUUAAAUACAUUUAGCAAUCUUGGGAGUACUGCUCAACCAUCUGUAGAAGUUUUAAAUAACGGUGAAAAAUCAGAUGUAGCUAAAAUCGAUGCUUCAGUUUCAAGAAAUGGUGUAACUACUGAAAAUACUGUGAUAUUAGGGUCUAGUACUAGUACACCAUUAGAUAGAAGUAAUAAUCCUGAAAAUAAACAAGAGAUUAAAUCUAAUGCUGGUGUCAAAGCACAGUUACCAAAGAAAAGUAACACAAUUCAAAUAGUUCAAGAAGGCCCUGUGUUUUCAGGACAAUUUCCUUCUCUGUACGAUCCUUCAAGCGAUUCACAGCUUGAUAGUUUUAAAUUCUUUGACCAUCCAUCCAUUAAGGCAUAUGCAGGUCAAGCGUCGAUGAACUCUUACUCACCGGAAACAGCAUUCACUAACUUUGACGCUUUAUUUAAACAAGGAUACUUCAUUGAAGGAUCCCCGUCCUUGACUCCAGAAGCGAAUACAGCCAAUAUUUUUGGUAUUAUGUCGGGCACUCCUAUGUCCAUUGCAUCAAAAAGUCAUCCAUUACAUUCACAAGUGUUUAAAUACUCACCAUCUCACGUGCCAUACCCAGGAUUGGAUGUAAAAAGUUCUAAACAAGGACCAAGGAUCGUCGAUUUUACUCCUCUUGCUGAACCAAUUGUAAAUGUUAAAUCAUCGCCUAGUGUUACCACAAGUGCCAGCCCUACUACUGUGCCAAAAACUGUCAAGGCUUAAAAUUUUCCAAUAUCUAAAAUCUUUGACUUUCCUUUAUAAAAAUACUUUGCAUAAUUCUGAUUGUAAAUUUUUUUUCUUACUGUCCUCUUUGUAUAAUGUACAAAAUAAUCAAUCUAUUUUUAUUAAAAACUGUAACAAUGAUUUAAAUUA